AUGCUUGGUAGUGUUGAUUGUAUGCAGUGGCCAUGGAAGAAUUGUCUGGUAGCUUGGCAAGGAGUUUACCGGGGUAAAGAGAAAGAGAGUACUCUGGUACUAGAGGCGGUGGCAUCAUAUGAUUUGUGGUUUUGGCAUGCUUUUUUUGGAAUGCCGGGAUCAAAUAACGAUUUGAAUGUGUUGGCACACUCACCCCUUUUCGAUAACAUGCUAAAGGGUGCAACACCUCCAUGUAAUUAUGUCAUCAACGGUCACCAAUGCAAUAUGGGUUAUUUCUUAGCCGAUGGUAUCUAUCAAAAGUUGACUACAAUUGUACAAGGUUUCAGUCAGACAUUGGACAUUCCAGAGUAUGUGAGAUUCAACAAGUAUCAAAUGGCUAAAAGAAAGGAUGUUGAGCGUGCUUUUGGAGUGCUUCAAGCUAAAUUUUGA